UGCUGUGUGUGAUUACAGGCUUGAGCCACCGCGCCCAGCCCUAUGAUUUUUAAAGUCUUAACAAGUUUCUCUCUCUCUCUCUCUCUCUCUCUCUCUCUCACACACACACACACACACACACACCCCCCGACAGAGAAGGCCAAGCAAAACACAUCUGUGGGCUCGACGUCAUCUGUGCUACCACUUUUGUGUUGGACUCUUCUGUUCACCAGAUCAGCCUGCCCUACAAGAGCAUAUCACUUCCUUUGCUGGAUCAGGUUUGCCGGCACAGCAGAGAGAGGAGAGAAGAAAUGCAGGGACACUUAUGCAGAACUGUGAGUGGCCAGAGGGGAGGAGAGGAGGGUGAGUAGAGCCAAGAAGCCAUGAAAACGUCAUAAUUCUGAGUGUGGACUGGCCAGUGGGCCAGAAAUCCUGCUGGUGGAGAUGCUGCCUUUCCAGCAGGUGAAUAUGAAGGAACAACGCCAACUCUGUUCAGGAUGCCGUUAAUUCCAAAUGUGAACUUCUUGAAUCAUUCUUUCCAUGUGGAAUUCAAAGAAGAAUGUAAAAAAGUUUUCAGGAGGAAUGUACAAUAUCCCUGAAAGAGAACAAAGUUAAUAAGGCUUAUUUACAUACAACACUCUAGUCAUUGGUUAAACAGAUCUUUACAGACUUGCACGAGGCAACAUUCCUUAGUCUUAUUUGCUACAAUAUCUUUAAAAAUACUUGAUUACACAUCACUUUAGCUUAUUUACAUGGACUUUUCACCGAGCUCUGAACUGGGAUCUCAUUUUGUUGCAUUCAUCCUGCUCAUGACACACAGGACAGCCUUUCCUGCCUCAGGGAAGAAGAGAGAGACAGACUACAGUGAUGGAGACCCACUCGACGUGCACAAAAGGCUGCCGUCCAGUGCUGGCGAGGACCGGGCCAUGCUGCUGGGCUUUGCCAUGAUGGGCUUCUCAGUCCUCAUGUUCUUCUUGCUUGGAACAACCAUUCUAUAACAUUUUUUUUUUCCAAAUUGAAGCACUCAGAGAGAAGAAUCGACCUGCACUGCCAUCCACACAGCUAUCACGGACGACUGGCUGGACUGUGCCUUCACCUGUCGUGUGCACUGCCGUGGUCAGGGGAAGUACCCGUGCCUUCAGGAGUUUGUGAACCUCACCCAUUCAGGGCAGAGAGCUCUCCUACAUUAUAAUGAAGAGGCUGUCCAGGUAAAUCCCAAGUGCCUUUACACACCUAAGUGCCACCAAGAUAGAAAUGAUUUGCUCAGCAGUGCUCUGGACAUAAAAGCAUUCUUUGAUCAUAAGAAUGGAACCGCCUUUUCAUGCUUCUACAGUCCGGGCAGCCAAGCCGAUGUUCUUAUAAAACAGUAUGACCAAAUGGCCAUCUUCCACUGCUUCUUGUGGCCUUCGCUGACCCUGCUAGGUGGUGCCCUGAUUGUUGGCAUGGUGAGAUUAACACAACGCCUGUCCUCACUGUGUGAAAAAUAUAGAGAUGAGGUAGGUGGAAAAGUACCUUAUACAGAACAGCAUCAGUUCAGACUGUGAAGUGUGAGGAGGAGCAGAAAUCUUCAGACGGUGGCCGAAUUAAAGGGCUGGCUUUCAGAUGUUCGUGAUUUCUGCAGCUGAGGACCUAAUUACACCUGCCUGCAGACUAACAAUGUAAAAGGUAAUAAUUAAAGUUAUGAUUCAUAUUUUCAUGUGGGGAAAAAAAUUUACAAGCCUCAUUUUGUAUUCUAUUUGUUUCUAUAAAUACAUACAAAUUAACUAUCUUUUCUAAUCAAAAUCUCUUUCCAAAUAAGUAAGGAAGCACUUUUUCUUGUAUAGCAAAGUGAGUUCAAGAUAUUCUUUACCUAACUUCAGCUCUAGCUAGAACCAAUCACUAGAAAUAAAUAAUGAGGGUAUCUAACCUACUGAACACUGAACCAUCAGCCAACUCUAUGCAAUAUAGUCACACUAAAACAUUUCUCAGUUUUAGUGUUCUUAAUUAACAGUUCGUUCACUAUAGGAAGAUAAAAACCUGGCAGAAACUUAAGAAAACAUGGACCUAACAUAUUUAUUAUAGUGUGUUCUUUUGUUUUUCUUCCUGAGAUGGAGUUUUGCUCUUGUUGCCCAGGCUGGAGUGCAGUGGCGCAAUCUUGGCUAACUGCAACCUCUAUCUCCGGGGUUCAAGCGAUUCUCCUGCCUCAACCUCCUGAGUAGCUGGGAUUUCAGGCAUGUGCCACCAUGCCCGACUACUUUUGUAUUUUUGGUAGAGAUGGAAUUUCCCCGUGUUGGUCAGGCUGGUCUUGAGAUCCUGACCUCAGGUGAUCUGCCCACCUCAUCCUCCCAAAGUGCUGGGAUUACAGGCAUGAGCCACUAUGCCCGCCUUAGUUUGUUCUUUGCUGGAGAAGACAGCAGAGGAAAGCUGAUGCCUGGAAAAUUCACCAAGUUUAGAGUUACUAGCAUUUAGCCUUGUCAUGUACCUUGUAAUUUUUCUUUCACUAAUAUUUUUCUAGUAAACUAUGCUUUUCAUAAGCUCAUUUCACUCUGUGUACUUUGUGAUGGUGGGAAAAAUGGGCCAGAAACAUGAAGAGACUAUACUGGAUUUCAACAUUCAUCUUAGAUGAUCCACACUGUAUUAGGUUGGUGCAAAAGUAAUUGUUUUUGCUGUUACUUUUAAUGACAAAAAACCGCAAUUACUUUUGCAUCAACCUAACAGAAAAGUCCCACAUGGAUAAUGAACAGUUGUCUGUACUUUAAUGAAUCAACCAUGGUUAUUAAAUAAUGAUGUCAUAAGACUCUGAAUAAAUGCUUUCCAGAUUGAUUAAGCUGAAUCUAUGAGUUGAAAAGAGUUUGGCCUGAUUUUCCAAAGUGCCUCUAAGUAUCUUUAAAAUUUUAUUUUACCAAAUAAUCUUAAAUUAUGGACAGUAAAUUUGAAGCUACUUUUAUAUGAAGAUGUAAUCAAACAAAAAACUCUAAGUUUAAUGCCUUUUAGCAACUGAUUUCAAGACACACGCAUUACUAAAUCAGCUGAAUAGAGCAAUACUGACUUGAUCAGUAAUGAAUACUCUUGGUGUUUUCCUCUCUUUCUAGUGUACUACGGUGGAAAGAACAUGUGUCUCAGAGUAGGAUUUGCCUUUGUAGGCCGUAAUCACAACUUUUAAAAUAUGUGUCUUUGGGCAAAUUGGCUAACCUGUCGAAACCUCUCUUUUCUCAUCUAUAAGAUGGGGAUAACUUGUUAUUUCACACAGUUAUUUUACAGAAUAAAUGAAGUAGGGUAGGUGAAAUACUUUAGCUUAGCUUCUAGCAUCUAGUAAAGGUGCUCAAAAAUGUUAGAUCAUUUAUUUAAAAAUCUGCUAAGUGGUGACACUGAGCCCUGGCACUUUUCACAGACAGCUGGUACAGAGGCUGCUGGGACAGGAAGCUGCAGUUCAUUUUCCCUGCCCCCACCCCAAUUCUCUUAGUUAAAUGUGAUGUGCACUUAAGGCCCACAACCUGCUUUUUCAAAGGUUGUGGUAAACUAUUUUGUAUACCGGAGACUUCUCUGUAAUAAAAUAUAUCUGUAUACAUGAACAUUUUAUAUGCAUGCACAUUUCAAUCAAGAUUCUGUUGUUUCCUUAAGGGUGCAUCUCUAUUCCAUUUCCUUGUAGAUUUGACUUCUACCUAACAAUAGGCAAUUAUUGGGAUUUUUUUUCCCCUAACAAAUUCAAAAUUGCUAAUUUAAGAUGUAAAGUGUGUGUUUCAAUUACCACAGUUUUCCUUUUAGAUAGGAGCUACCUGAUUCAUUUCAGCAAAGAGAGAUAUACCUGGAGAACAAAGUCAAUUCAAAGUUAUUUAAACCAUUUGGCAAAUAAAUAAAAUUUAAGUAAUAAUUUGCUUCCUUGCUCAGAAAUACUACGUUGUUAAUGCCUAUGUGUAUUUUUGGCCAAAGAAAAGCCCACCCUUACCUUCUGCAACGUUUAUGGUAACUGAAAGCAAAACCAGUUUGCUACUAGCUUAACCUCCACUUCUAGGUUCUGAUCUUCCAAUGACUUGGAAGGAAGUCCACUUACCUAUGACAUAUACACGCAUACAUUCAUACAUGUAUUUCUGCUUAAAACACAAGCAUUUAAUUCUUUAUGUUUGAAAGAAGUAAAUAUUUAAACAUAUAUUUCUCUAAUAUUCAUCACUUUACUGGGGCAGAAAAACUGGCUUUUAAGGUAGAAUAGCUUCAGAUUUUCAAUCAAGUGUUCUUAGUCAUUACUGAAAAGAACUCAAAUUCAGCUAAAUUUUGAUUAUUAGCAACGCUGACUUGCUUUUCAAAAGGAAUGGCAAAAGAGAAUUAUCACCGUUUUUUUCUUAUAUAGUACACUAAGGAUUGUUUGCACACAAGUCAAAGUAAUUUUUUUUUUUAAUAAACAGCAUGAUGUUACAGACUGCAGAGUGAAAGAAAAGCAGACAUUGAGAGUUUCUGAUGAGCACAGACAGUAAGUGCAGCCACAGGCCAAACUUCUUGCUAGGAACAGCAAGACUGGGAAGAGGUCUCAAAUGUAGUGAUACUGUUAUUAUUCUAUAUUCUCAAUAUAGUAACACAUGCAUCUUGCUGUGUCAAAUGCUUUUUGGGCCAUAAUUAAAAGGACAUUAAAAACAUUUUUCCUCUAAUGAAUGCAGUAUACCACAGGACUUCAAUUCACUGAAUGACAAAAUAUAGAGAAAUAAAGUUGUUACAAUCAGUGGGGCAGAAAGGGUGGCUUGGAUUGUUAAAGCUUCCAAGUGAACAUCUGACAUUAGCAGUCUUCUGGCAGCGCCACAUUCCCCACGGCAGUAAAAUGUUAUGCUCCAAGAGGGCAUAUUCUUUUAGAUUUUACUCAACCCCGUUUGGUCUGAGGACUGAAUCACACUGAAACCAUUAACUUCAUUUGAAACUCGGGUUCCAGAGCCAAAAACAUUUCCGAAAUCAGAUGAAGGCUGAGUUCUCCAGCUGCUUUUAGGAACAUAAACUAAAUCGAACAAGGGAUUUUUAAAAAUGAAACAAAAACAAGACAAAAUAAAAAUGAAAUAGAUCACAAUUUUGGAAAUUCAUACUAGAAUUAAGUUUGGUCUAAUUAUAUUUUAAUAUGAAACAAUGAACGUUUUCUGCCUCCUUGCUAACCUAGAAAAAUUGACAAGAAUCGUAAUACCUAAAAUAUACAUGGUUCUUCGCAUAACCACAGAAUUAUUGUAGUGACAGAUUAAAUAAGGUUGCAGAUAGAUCCAUAGACUUUAGUUGGCUAACAAAAUACAUUUGAAACCCUUUUCUGUACUUACCUACAUGGGGAAUGGAGUAUACUGUUGGUAGCAAAAAUCAUUUACCUAACUACUAUAUAUGCACAAUGACUAUUUUUACUUUUUUCUCCACUAAAACUCUAAUAUGUAGUUGUGUGAAAACUAAGUCAGAAAAUCUCCUUAUGGCUCACACCUGUCACUUGACGCCAACUACCAGGGCUGGAGUAUUAACAUACCUGGAAUCAAGCAGGUGCUGCCCCCAUAAAAAGGAGGUGCAAAACCUUAAGCGGAAUGAAUAUGUGAAUGAAAUAAGUUUAUUUAAAGGAGUCCCACCUUGGGAGACUCCUAAUAAAGUCUAAACUCUUCUGAAUUUUAGAACCUUGGCAUUUCUUUACACCUUUUAUAGAAAAUCCUCUUGACUAGGGCUAAGCAAGCAGCGUGUAUACAAACAGAAUCGUAUGCAAGUAUAUACACACCAAAUUCACUACUAAUGAAGAAAGAAAAUGAAUUUCAAAUGCUGAAUUUGAGAACCUCUUCCAACUACUGCCUUUCUCAAAUGGCUGAAACAAUGAUUAAACUUCAGCCCAGUUUUUUUCUUAUGGUCUUCCAUACCAUUAAAAACAAGGCAUGCCAACUCUGACUUUAUAAAUCCAAAAUUCAGUGAUCUGCACAAUUUCUGUAGUAUCAGAGCCUGUGUUAUUGAAUUGUGACUCAUCUAUUUUUUCCCCGUUUUUCUUCUGAGGUAGAGUUAUCAAUCCAAUUUUAUCAGUACCACAGAUAUUGAGCUAAAACCCAUAAUCUUUUCACAGAGUAAAAAUAAUAUUUGUGAAAAAAGAAAACAGGCUUCCCAGGCCAUGGCACAAAGAUAUAUUUACAAUUUUUAAUGUAAUAAUUAGAAAUGGUUUUGAGUUUAUAUUUAAAAAAAAAACAGCCCAGCUGUAUUACUUUGUCACCAAGAAUUAUCAUCUGAGGAUGCUGUCAGCGCUGAGUUUUACAGUUCAGCCUUCACAAUCCCAUCCAUGAUGAAGAGUUAAUUCUUGUAUGGCAUACAAUAUACUCACAACUUUCAGCCUUCUCUGAGACAUGCCCCAAAUGAGCAGGAUGGAUGUAAAGAAUGUAAUUCAUUCAAACAACUCCUCCCUGUUCUGCCCAUCCCUUCCCAUACCCCUCUUCUCAAAAACAUCUGAAGUAUGAAAGUUGUCUUUAAAUAGUAAAAGCACCACAAUCUAUUAACACCACAUAUUAUCUUUGAACUGAUGUAUUUAGUGAUGUCUUAGACAUCAAAAUAAUUUCUUAAGGUGGACUUUGAGUAUGUGGGUCCAGCCCAGGUCUGCAGUUUGUGCAGACGUAGAAAAAAGAGGAACUUUAAAUAUUCAGAAAAAGUUAACAGGCUAGCUGUAAAAUACUGUUGGAAAUUAAAUUUCUUCAGAGUUGGCAAGCAUGGGCUAUUGAUCGAAAUGUGAAUUAAACAGAUUUACAUCAAGAUAAAAAAGUCCAUGUCAUGUGCCGUGAAAUUUCCAUGAUGCCUUUCAAAUAGGCUGCUCACAAUUUUUUUAUACUUCCAAAUCACUUGAUUUUUGAUGGAAAAAAGAAUACAGAUGGACUGUGUUUUACCUAUGUGAAAAUCACCAAUCCAUUUAAAAUAAAAUCCAAGAGGGCAUAUACAGUCUAAUCAAGUCAUCAUUUUCCUGAUUAGUAAGAACUACACUUUACACAAAAUACUUUAUCAGCAGCUGUUUUCAUCAAAAAAUCAAUAGUUUCACAGUUGAAAAAGUUACACAUUAAAAUAUUUUACAAUUCAUUAUAUUUUCACCAGGUUCCCACUUUCUAAUGGGCUUUUAAUAUAAAGCAGAAAAGAAGGGAAUCUCAAAGUUGAUUACUUUGACACUGAGUUUUACAUAGGACACUAAGAACCACAAAAAGCUUAGGUUCUAUUGUAAAAUAGCAACCAAAUUCCAUUCUUCUUUUAAAAAUCCAAUUAGAAACAUUUUUUUUUAAAAAAAUCAAAUUCCACAAUAAGAUUAACAGAUUUCAAAUUAACAGUAGUCUAAAAAUAUUCAAAAUAAAUGGUUUUGUAUAGCUAAUAUGGUAGAAAGUGAAAGCAUAAUUUUCGAACAGUCAUUUCUUACCACACUGUGUUUAAAAUUAUUUUUAUUAUUUUCUUUAGACUUUUUCUCAAAAUAAUUAUUGAAGGAAAUAUUUAAGUGGCCCAAUGAAACUGUAGAGCCAACAGUCAAUUACAUCAUAUCCAAGGACAAGGAUAGUCAGCUAUAGAUAGGACCUGACCUCUGAUUUGAAGUACCUGGAAGUGGUUAUAUUAUCUCUGACUUGAAACAGAUCUUAGUCACCCAUGUAGCAUUUAAUUCAGUGUUUGGUUCUUUGCCUCUGUGUCCCUCAUUUCUUUCUUAGUUAGGUCACAAUCUAUAGUCUUUAUAGAGUUUGUCUACACUUCUUCAAAUAGAAUUUGGUUGUAAUAACUAUUGAAAAUAAAUGUAAAUGAUGAA